GGAAGGGGUUAGUGGGUUACCCCUUGAAACGAUCGACUAUCAAGAAAAUAAACAAGGUCGUUUCUGCAGCGAAUCAACCUUUCUUUUUUUAAACGACUGAGCUUUGGAAUGUAAAAAUCGAGGCCCAUCUCGUUUAUCGCUGUCGUCUCUUUUUCUUCUCCCUUUCAUGCCUCCGUUCACUGCCUAACCACCCCGGCUUUCAGUCUCAGGGCUCUUGCUAUACAAUUUUAAGGUCUAUUUGAUCGGAGGAAAAACUAUGCAAUUUUUUGGAGGAUCAGACAUCAGUCCAUCGCCACCAGCACCAACGGCAUCCGGGAACAAUGCGCACAUGAUGUAUGUGUUCAAUAGAAAUGGGGUGUGCUUGCUUUACAGGGAGUGGAAUCGCCCACUUCAUACCCUCAAUGCGCAGCAGGAUCAUAAGCUCAUGUUUGGCCUGCUUUUCUCGCUCAAAUCCCUAACUGCUAAGAUGGAUCCUACAAGUGCAGAGAAAGGGAACCUUGGGAUGCCUCAGUUACCUGGCCAAGGUUGUUCGUUCCACAGUUUUCGUACAAAUACAUACAAGCUUAGUUUCAUGGAAAGCGCUUCUGGGAUAAAGAUUAUAUUGAUUACUCAUCCCAGGACUGGUGACUUACGUGAAUCCCUAAAAUAUAUAUACAACUUGUAUGUUGAAUAUGUUGUCAAGAAUCCCCUCUACUCUCCUGGAACUCCCAUCAGGUGUGAGCUGUUCAAUACUUCUCUUGAUCAAUAUGUAAGGAGCAUAGCAUAGUGGCAUUCAGUUGCUUUCACCUGUGCUGGAUUUUGAUUCAUUUGGAAAAAGUGAGUAGUUGCUUUUGUCUGCCUGGUGCAACUCAAGAUUUGAUUAUGAAGGUCAGUCGAGGUUGCCUAUUUUGUUGAUACGCUGCCUGUAUAUUAGCUAAGUAAUUUUAGAAUGCGACGAGUGUAUAAUGGUCUAUUCAUUCUGUCGCGUGCUCAAAGACGCUAUAGUUCAGUUAUAUGUAUUCUCCACCAUCGUUAUUGGCUUAUUGACAUUUAGGCUGCAGAUUUCCAGUAAUCAUCCUUAUUCCUAGUUUCAUUUAUUCAUUUACGAAGAAGUAAACUCGAGGCAUUAUGAAACUUUAAUAAAAUAAAAAGAUAUUUUCCUUAUGAAA